AUGCUUCUCCGGUGCGUCUGUCUCUCGGUUGCCCUCGUCCUUGCCGUUCAAUCAUUCGUCGUGCCAGUUGCCCAAUUGGACAACUGCGCCGCACCAAACGGAACCGAUAAACAAAUGCAUUGGUGGCAAUGCAACAGUGGACCAGUGCAAUUCUUGAAUGCCACUCCAUAUGACUCAACUGGAACCACCCUUCGUAACACUGUCAACUUGUGGAAGUACGGAGGAUGGGCUGGAUGCACCUGGUCCUCAAUUCCAACUCUUGGACUUUUAAAGGAUCUCUCCGCCUGCGACCAUGGAGUUCCAUGCCCAGUGAGGCCAGGAAACCAAGAGCUCGACGUCGUCAUCGAUUUCACACAAUUCGAGCAGAUCAUUUCGCUUUUGAAGGAUAAUCAGCCAUAUCAAUUGGAGUACAUGCUUCAUGAUAACACAUCUGGAGACGAUGCCUGUAUGAUGGUCCAAGCGUGGGCGUUCCUUCAGUAA